AGCCCACUCCCUCCUCCCCUCCAGGCUGUGGCCAUCGUCUGCGGGUUCCUCAUCGUCAUCCUCCUCUGCCUCAUCUGCUUCUUCGCUCACAAGACGCGGAGCAAGAUCUGGAAAUACGGAAAACCAAACAUCUACUGGGACAAGGUGCCGGUGGUCCAGGAGGGUCCCAACGUGGAGGAGUGGGUGAAGAACGUGACAGACGGGGCCAGCGCCCAGGACGAGACGGCCACUCUGGCCUACUCGGAGAAGCCCACGAGCCCCAUCACUGCACCCCCCUACAGCCCCCCCUCCUACAGCCCCCCCCCGAACGGCUUCUACCCCUCGGGCACCUACAGCACCCGCGGUGACCCCCCGGAGCCGGAGCCGAGCCCUGUGGAGGGGAAGGGGCGGGAGCAGCCCCCCAACCCCAAGCCCCCCGCCCGCCGCGGGCGCCGGCGCCGCCGGAACCCGGAGCUGGACGAGUCCCAGUACGAGACCGAUUACACCACGGCCGUGGAGUCCGGGGACGAGCGGGACCGCGACCAGUGGGCCAGCCUGUACCCCCCGAUCUCCUCGGACGCCACGCGGCAGAGGUACAAGCAGGAGUUCGACUCGGACCUGAGGCGCUACAAGGAGCUCUGUGCCCACAUGGACGCCGUCAACGACCGCCUGGGCCAGCUGGGGAAGCAGCUGGACAGUGUCCCCGAGGACAGCCCCCAGUACCAGGACCUGGCCGAGGAGUACAACAGGCUCAAGGACCAGAAGAGGAGCCCCGACUACCAGAGCAAGAAGCUGGAGACCAAAACCCUGCGCAACAAACUCUUCCACAUCAAGCGGAUGGUGAGCGACUACGACAAGGUCCGGGGGUGACCUGAGCCCCCCCCCAAGGAAAGAGGGGCACGGGGGGUGGGCCCUGUGCUCCCCCACACCCUCCUCUGCAAAGACUUUGGGGCAUUUUGUGCCUUUUGUUGUACUAAAAUCCCCCCCAAAACCGCCUCGGUGCCAAGGCUGGGGGGCUGGAGGCAGCUGCUGGUGUGACCCCCCCCCCCGAACCCUCCCCAGUGUCCCCCCCACCCUGAGUACCCCCCAAGUGCCUUCCCAUCCUGUGGGGGUCCCCUCCCACUCCUGUAAGUAUGUUUUUUUGGGGGGUCUGUACCCCCCCUGGGUGCCUUCACAGGGGUUGGGGUACCAAACUGGGGGGGGGGCAGAGAAAGCCUUGGUCUCGGGGCCCCCCCCCGGGGGUUUGGGGUGGGGGGGAAGAACCCCUUUGGGGACCCCCCCCCGGUGAUAUUUUAUAAGGAACUCUUUGAAACUGUGUAAUAUUUCAAUUUUUUUUUUAAAUAAAUGAAGUGUAUCUAU